AUCCUCCUCCUCCUCCCUGUCUUCAUCCUCACACACGGAUGCCCUCUGCUCAAAUGAGCAAACACAUAAACGUCAACAUUUCUCUUAAUUUCAUUCUUGGAUAAAUAACGUGCGAUGCCAAUAUCCGUCUCCCCGCUAUCGUGUUGACAACAAAACGACGGAAUACCAAAAAAGCUGUCAACAUGAUGCCCGCGUCGUCUUCUUCCGCCUGGCCGGGAGAGGAGCGACCGUCCCUGCUGGACCAGGAGGAGCCCGAGCUGAGCCAAGUGUCUGUGGCCAUGCCCUGCCCCUCCCUCGGCGUGGGCGAGGAGCUCCCGUGCGGCGGCGACGUCGGCUGCAGCAACAGCAGUCCGGCCGGCGCCGGACCCCCACGCAGCAAGUCCAAAGGCGAGCUGGUCAUCGUCAUUAACGACAAACUCAGGAGCAGUAACGGGGCCCUCGCCGGCGACGGCGCCUCCCCUGUGGUCUCGUCACCUCCUCGACGCCAGCACUCCAUCUCGUACCCGCACCACGCCAAGACCCGGAAAGGCAGCCGGGCGGGCUCCAUCGCCUACACGGCCUUCUCACCCAGGCCCUCGCUGUCUCGUCACUCCAGCAUCGCCACCAACCCCCCCUUGGACCGCACCAAGGUGAAGGACUACCUCCUGCUCUCCGUGCUGGCCUGCUUCUGCCCCGUGUGGCCCAUCAACAUCGUGGGCUUUGUCUACUCCAUCAUGUCCAAGAACAGCCUGGAGCAAGGGAACCUGGACGGCGCCGUGCGUCUGGGCCGCGUGGCCAAGAUGCUGUCCAUGGUGUCGCUAGUGGGAGGGACGCUCAUUAUCAUCGCCUGCAUUGUCAACCUCGCCAAGUCCUGAGCGACGCGGCGGACCUCAUUCCUGCGAAGUGGAGCCGGGCAGCUCGUUGGUCAGCGUGUGCCAGCGCUCCACCUUCUUGCCCUUGUUCUUCAGACAGUCUAUCCAGUGCUGCAGGGUGUCCCCCUGCGAGUGGCAGCCUAAGGACACGCCACCUGACCAUCACAGAAACACAGCAGACAUUUUCUCACAGGAACAAGCCGGAAGCCCCAUGGAGAAACAGAAAGUGUGGCAUCCAGAAGAUUUCCGUGCUCAUUUGUCUCCUCGCUGUCAGAGUGCAUCAGUCAAGCGGAAGAGCUUCGCUGACCUCGCUGACACGUGCGGGACUUGAAAAUGUCACCGAGGGUGACAUUUAGCCGAGGUGCCGCCUCACAUCUCCACUAAAAAUCCAGUCUGGAGAGACCUCUCGACAUCCAGCCACCCCUUGCUACUCGUUCAUCGAAUUGCUAGCGGGUGUGACACGAGAUCAGUCAGCCGGGAAACGCUUCACGAACUUCUUUGAGAUACUAAACAUGGAGGUGGGUGCUCCAGACAGAUGUUGAAGUGUUUGGUCUGGUCGGGCUUCACGCGGCGCAGAGCCACCCGCGACUCCCCGAUGAACUCGUUGUGAGUCAGCUUGUCUUCGUCGCAGACGGACACCCUGGAAAGGACAGACGUGACUCACUGUUAUCGUCGCUGUCGCAGCUGUCCACCUCGAUGGAGGUGUCGACGCUGCUCAUGGCGGACAGCAAGCCACCGCCGCCUCCCGCCGCCAACAAAGGCGACAGCAGCCCGCCGCCGCUCACGUCUCCCGUGCGGCCCGGGCUGAGCGCCCCGGCUCCAGUGGCGGCGACGCCGGCCGCUCCCGUCUGAUUGGGCGAGAGCGGCUCAGAGAAGGACGAAGUUGGCGAGAGACGGGGGAAGUAGGCGGAGAUUUGCCGGAUGGGCCGGAUCGGUCCCGGGCAGACGUCGAUGGCCAUGUGCUCCUGGAUGGUGACGGCUAAAGUUUUUCCUUUCCGCACCGUCAUUGGGAUGAAGGUCGAAAGACUGAAAGGAAAAAAAAAAGAGUCAUCAACUCAAUUCAUACCAUUUUCUCCACCAAACCAAAUUCAAUGACCAUUAUUUCAAGUCAAGCACAAGGUCACCACGAGGUCCAAAUAUAUGAUUAGAGCCUGAUUAACUGAUUUUUAUACUUGAUCUUCUUUUCAGGACGGUGUCUGAGGCACUUUGGGCCACACGUGGGAGCGCUCGGAUCCAUAUCGCAUUCAAAGCGAUAAGUAUGACCAAUUAUCCUCCACCCAGCAGAUAUAACAUUCCCACGGAUGUUAUUAGCGAGGUCUUAAAUGACCGCCAUGCAGCAGAACACGAGAGUUACGUCGUAAUCGUGUUGCUCUGGCAACUCCCCGUAAUUCCCAAUUGGGGGGGGGGGAUUUCUUCCGGAUGCGUUUUUUUAUUUGUUCGGAGGUUUUUCUCACGUGAGUUACUUGUCGGAAACAGCAGAUGCUUUGCCCUCAUUUCCAUUUACGAGCAAAUCACUUCAGGCUUUGUGAUGAAAGAGGAAGAAUUAUGCUUCGCAAAUCUUCUGCCUGAAGCCUACGUCCUCCGCCGUCAAAUUACAGCGUGUCGUCGAAAUCCUCCGUAGACAAUCGGGUGAUUAUGGAAUGGAAUCUACUGGAUAUGGCUUUGCUAUAAUGUCGUGACGGUUACAUGAAGUCGUGCUGGCAGAGAGCUGAGUUGACCACGAGCGGGCCCGCUGCGUCUGUGCUGGUCCUUAAAUAAACAAGAGGGGGCCGGGUAGAAAAAACAUCUGAAGGCUUUUGUUUUGUAAAAACAGAUCGCAGCUGGCCCCCCGGUGGAGGCGUUGUGUCCUCCGCGCUCGAUGAAUCCCCCUCUGGACCACCUGCGGCAUCCAUCGAUUGCAAGCGAGAUGCUCGGGGUGUUAUAUCUCGGGAGUUUAGUGUGAGAGAAGAAAAAAGAGAAAAAAAAACUGGUAGACUCGAAGCAGAUGAGAUUUGCAUCCGGGAGCGGCAAAGUGUGCAACAUGUGCCAAAAAAAAAGCUCCGACAUGCACGUCGAGGGAAAAGUCUUCACUCAGCCUUGGACUCAAAAUGGCUUCGAUCAUCUGGACGGCGGCGUUAAGAUGAUGUUCUAUUCUUUGACAAAGGCGCAUUAAUGAAGCAGAUUUGGCAGCGGUGCUUCAAACCAUUCUGGAAGGAAGAGUAUCCCGAAUAUCUUCAUUGGCCUUUGAGGACGCCAUUAAAUCUGCUGCUCCCAAGCACAAACCAGUUAUCAAUCAUGUAUGCAAAGACGACAACAAAUGCAAGGCAGCGGCGACUUACCUCCGAAACUCCUCAUACAAGACAAGAAGAAGAUGAAGAGGAGGAGGGGAUUCCAGCACAGUGCAGCGAGGGAGACGGAUGGACUAACAGGUGGCGGUGAGGCUGAACAGGAUGAACGGCAUUCCUAAUUAUUUCCAUCGGGAGAAAUGACUUGAGAUACAAGUGUUACAGAACAAGUUGGACUGAAUGUUGCUAGGCAACACCCGAACUGGCGCCCUCGCUAGGCUGGCGCGGGCCACGUCGAACGAGGAUGCGGAUGAGGCGGCGAGGUCGUUUCCAGGCUCUGGGCUGAUGUGCGUCACGCGUCUGGCCGAGCAUCGUGGGAGCCGACAGUCAACAGUGGAAUGAAAGGAUUUAUGCUCCAAACAGCCUUUGAUGGUUGCUAAAAGUGGACGCUUCACCUGUGGGAAUCAGUCUGGCAUCGUUUUUCCAACAGAUGUCCGUCUCCAUCAUUGACGCUGUUGGUGAGCCAGUGUGGGUUAGUGGGGGAGCUCAGGAGCCUUUUGAAGAGCUGCUCAGGAGCCAAACGCUGAUUUCAAAUGUCACAACAGUCAAAGUUCAGCAAAGUUUGACUUUCAAGUAUGAGUACAUACUUUCAAGUACAAUAGUGUUGACUCGUGAGUGAACGAUUCGUUCAAAAGUACAAAUUUCUUUCAGGGAACGAGAGUGAAGGAAUCACUUCCUAAAGUUAUUUUUUCAGUUCAUAUGACUUCAACCAGUAGGUGUCGGUAAUGCGCAUUGAAGCUGGUGCCACCUCGCCGUGAAACAAAAAGAAGAAAAUGAAGUAACUUCCCGUUCACGAACGAGUCAUGAUUUGCAUUUCCAGUUCAUCGCGAGAACGGAUCAGUGAGGGAAUGAAUCCUGACUUUCCAGUUGUUGUGCUUGAUUUGGUCACCCUGCCCCAAAUAAAUUAUUUUAAAUAAUUUACGAUCACUGUCAAACUUGAUCAAAGGUACAACACAAAAUGUAUGAAAGUCAAACAAUAUGACAGAAUAUUAUUUUUUGACAAGGCCGGUCUUUUUACUAGUUUUUGAGCAUUUCUUGAUGCGUGUUUACGGUAUCAUCCGAACUAGUGUUGUAUGCAUGAUGUGGGAGUGUCUUUUCUGCAGGCUGCCAAAACGCGCUUUUCGGUGAUUUGGAUUGAGCUUUCUCGGCUACCGUACACUUCCGCUUCAGUGAGCAGCUAGCUCUUCAGGUUGCUACCUUUUGGGCUUUCGAGUGAGUCAUGUCAACUUUUUCCAAGCUCUUAUACUUGCUGUAUGUAUGUAAAUGCGUACAUGUAAACAAGACAUGAAAGGAGAAUCAUUGUUAGUCGUUACGUCAGUGGAACUCACUAGCUCUCGUGAAACAAGAGGUGGAGCUUUAGCUAGCACGCCCACAAGCAGCACUCACUCGGCUGUCAAUCAAAGGGUCAUCAACGAAAACGUUUGACUUCAACGUUGUUUUUCUAUGUUUUUCCAUGUCCAACUUGAAGACUGGAGGCUCCACGUCGGCUGCUGGUCGUCUAUCUACAUAUUUCGAAAGAGUAAACAAUCACAACAAAGUAACAAGUUGAAUGGCAGUCUGCUUGUCGGCCAGUGGGACGAGUGGUCGGCCGGUGCGACGAGUGGUCGGCCGGUGCGACGAGUGGUCGGCCGGUGCGACGAGUGGUCGGCCGGUGCGACGAGUGGUCGGCCGGUGCGACGAGUGGUCGGCCGGUGCGACGAGUGGUCGGCCGGUGCGACGAGUGGUCAGCCGGUGGGACGAGUGGUCGGCCGGUGGGACGAGUGGUCGGCCGGUGGGACGAGUGGUCGGCCGGUGGGACGAGUGGUCGGCCGGUGGGACGAGUGGUCGGCCGGUGGGACGAGUGGCACUCCAUGCCUGGACCUGAGACAAAAAGAGAUUGCGGAGGGCUCUUCAGGCAGCACAGAUCCAGAUGAACGAGCUCAGAGGCUGAAGACAAAUUGUGGCAGGCUUUUCACUUUCUGGACCUGGAUUUGCCACCUCUGCCUGGAAAGAAAAAGGAAAUUGUCACAAUGACUCCAUUUAGGUUUACUGCUUUUGUUUUUUACUGUAGAGUGGAAGCAGCUAGUUGCUGUUUCACAGGCAGAGUUCCUGAAAUGUUGUAAAAAUUCUCCAGGAUGGAUACCUGCACACAACACAAACCAAUCAAGCUGCCAUUUAGUACGUUUUAUUUGUGUGUCAACUCUGAGAAUGGAGACAACCUGAAAGUACCUCUGCAUGGCUUUGGAGGGGUUUUAUCUUUGGCCAGCAGGUAGUGGAUGUUCCAACUGCAUCUUUACUGGAAAGUGCUCUGCAGGAAGAGGGAGGCAUAAAAAAUAAAGCGGAUCUUCACCAUGCUACAGAAACUUGGUCCUUUGGUCCCACCUGGUGGACAAAAGGAGGAAGAACAUGCUGAAAUGUUUGACAUGUGUCAAACGUUUGGACACGUGCGUGUUUCACCAGUGAUGAAUGGAGAGCAGCACCGGACGUCUCUCCAACUACAGCUCGCUGGUCUGAAAGACACGUCAACCUGUUCCCUCGGUUCCAGAUGCAGGCCUGCCUGGGGACAGAAAUGAGAAGACAAUUAGAAGCAGUCGAUUGAAAGAGUUGACUUUAAAACUCACAAAGUCAGUCGGCCAUGACAGGCUCGUUUUGACGGUUUGCACCUGCAGACAGAAAGUCGAAUAUUAACAGAAAUUCAUCGAAA